UACCAGAGGGACAACCAGCUUGGUCGCGCCUACCUAGCGAGGCGACUAUCGACCAUAGCUUGCGUCCGCAGCGACGGAAAACCUCUAACCACUAUCUUCGGGCGUAUUCCGUCUCGAAUCGUCCCAGGGGGGCUGGUUCGGCAGCCUGCAGCCAUGGCUGCUCUCCGCCAUAUCCGCUCCAAAACUCCAACUAUUUCCAUCCCCCUCUCCCCGUUGCUCGCGUCCGUCCAGUCCGCCUCGCUCUCCGCCAACCCUCCUUCCGCUAACCCACCUUCCGCCAACCUAUCUUCCGCCGAAGCCCCAGCGCUCUCGCGUCCGCGCACCAGCCAACCAUCGACUCCCGCCAAUCCGUCCCUCUUUCCCGCCAAUUUAAUAGCACAUUCCGCGUACCUUCCGUCCAACCAUCAGCCCAUUCCACCCGCUCCUCCAUCCAUCGCCUUUUCCCGCCAGCAGCACACCUUGGCUUCUCUUCGAGACCGCCUCGCCGGUCCAGAUUCCCCCAGCCUCGGCGAUUUCAUCCUCGGCGCGCAGCGGAAGCGCGAUCCCGAUCACGCCGGCGAAUCCGCCGACGGCUCCGAUGCGUCGAUCUCCGUCGGAUCUGGACACGGAUUGGUGAAGGGCGACGCGGGGUUGGGCCUAGGAGGCGUGUACGCGGUGCAGGCGGUGCAGCCGCGGGAGAGGCGGCGGAAGCCGGACUGGAUGAAGCGGGAGGUAUUGCCGGGGGGAGAGAAGUUCGUGGCGAUUAAGAAGCGGCUGCGCGAGUUAAAGCUGCACACGGUGUGCGAGGAAGCGCGGUGCCCGAAUCUAGGAGAGUGCUGGGGCGGAAGCGGCGCGGACGGCGAGGGCGCGACGGCUACUAUUAUGAUACUUGGCGACACGUGCACGCGUGGUUGCAGGUUCUGCGCGGUGAAGACCGCGCGCAACCCGCCUCCCCCGGACGCGGACGAGCCGCGGAAGGUGGCGGACGCGGUGGGGGAGUGGGGGCUGGGGUACAUCGUGCUGACGAGCGUCGACCGCGACGACCUGGCCGACCAGGGCAGCGGACACUUCGCGGAGACCAUCGUGCGCCUCAAGGAGCGCCGCCCCGACAUGCUCGUGGAGGCGCUGGUGCCUGACUUCCGCGGGUCAGUGGAGUGUGUGCGGCGGGUGGUGGACAGCGGCCUGGACGUGUAUGCGCACAACAUCGAGACGGUCCAGGAGCUGCAGGCGUUUGUGAGGGACCCCCGCGCGGGCUUUGAGCAGUCGCUCUCAACGCUGCGCCUCGCCAAGGAGAUGGCCCGCGAGGGCAGGGAGCGGGGCGGCCCCGGGAUGCUCACUAAGACGUCUAUCAUGCUGGGGUGCGGGGAGACGCCAGAGCAGGUUCUCCGCACGAUGGAGGCAGUGCGGGCAGCUGGCGUGGAUGUGAUGACGUUCGGGCAGUACAUGCGCCCCACGCGCCGCCACAUGCCUGUCAGCCACUACGUCACUCCCGAGGCUUUUGACCAGUGGAAGAAAGUGGGCGAGGAAAUGGGCUUCCGCUAUGUUGCUGCCGGGCCCAUGGUUCGUUCGUCGUAUCGCGCUGGAGAAUUCUACAUCAAGGCGAUGCUUGAAGAAGACAGGAAGCGACAACAGGGCGCUGAAGUCUCUGUUGCUUGUUAAAUUUUCUGGCUUCCUAAAUCUACAUGGCAUGCUUUGUUUUGUCAUCAUCUGUCUUAUCAUCUUGAUAUAUAAAUCGAUCACUCUUACCGUCUCGGAUGUGUCCGUUGAAAGUAUUUUGUCGGUGCACUCCCCAGCGAGCUCGGCUGCACCCAUCAGAC